AGAGAGAGAGAGAGAGAGAGAUGUGGAACACAGGGAUGAUAGCAAUAUUGGUGGCGAUAGAGUGUGUGGAGGUGGGCUUAAACACGUUAACAAAAGCAGCCACGAGGCAAGGAAUGAGCGAGUUCGUCUUCAUUGUGUACUCAAACGCCAUGGCUUUACUCUUCCUGCUACCUUCUACCUUGGUUUUUCACAGAGUCUGGCCUUGCCCUCAACUCACCUUCUCCAUUGUUUGCAGAAUCUUUCUUCUUGGCCUUCUCAGUGUGCAGGUUUGUACAUACAUUGGGAUUGGGUAUAGCUCUCCAACUCUUGCCUCAGCCAUGAUAGAUCUCACCCCAGCUUUUACCUUCAUACUUGCAAUUAUCACCAGGAUGGAAAAGGUGGAGUUGAAGGUAUUGAGUAGUCAAGUCAAAUCGAUUGGCACGAUAGUAUUAAUCGUUGGGGCGCUCAUUGUGACGCUCUAUAAAGGCCCCUCGAUUAUAUUUUCUCAAUCGUCUUCUAAACUAAUAUAUGAUCCUCUUGCGUCACCCCAUUCAAAUUGGAUCUUUGGAGGCAUUCUCUGUGCGGCCGCCAGCUUCUUUCUUGCACUCUUAUUCAUUGUCCAGGGAAGGAUUAUAAGGGACUAUCCUGCAGAGUUCAUGGUAACACUCAUUUGCUGCGCAUUUGUGACACUACAAUCAGCAAUUGUUGCUCUUGUUGCUGAAAGGGAUCCAAAUGCUUGGAAACUCAAACCCGAUCUCAAGUUGGCGACGAUUUGUUAUUCGGCAAUUCUUGUGGUUUCACUACGAAGUGUUGUUAUGACUUGGGCUCUGCGCAAGAAGGGGCCUGUGUUUGUUACAAUGUUUAAGCCACUUGACAUGGUCAUUGCAGUUGUCAUGGGAAUUACUUUUCUUGGGGAUGCCUUGUACAUUGGAAGUGUGAUUGGAGCAGCCAUAAUAGCUCUUGGAUUCUAUUCUGUUAUGUGGGGAAAAGCCGAAGAAGAGAAGGACAUCAAAGACCAUUCAAUAUGUAGUUUUGACGCAUCCUCUGAGAGAGUCCCUCUUCUGCAAAACAGAAGUAUUCAUGUAUAGAAGAAUGGCAAACGAUGAAAGAAGGAAAACAAUAAAUACGGAUUAGUACAUUGUUGUACCGAAGAGUAACAGUUUAGUCGUGUCAUGUUGUUUUUAUGUUAUAUAUAUACAUAUAUACACAUAUA